CCUCGUGAACGUAUCCCUAUUACGUUUCUUGCUCAUUCUUCAUCUUAAUCCAGAUCUUGUUCAGCAAUGCCAAAGUAUUACUGUGACUACUGUGACACCUUCCUGACGCACGAUUCUCCAUCUGUCCGCAAAACUCACAAUGGUGGACGCAAGCACAAGGAGAAUGUUCGCAUGUUCUAUCAGCGUUGGAUGGAGGAGCAAGCGCAAAAGCUCGUCGAUGCUACUGCUCGAGCAUUUACCGGCGGAAAUACAACCAAGGCGAUGGGCAAACCAUUGGCCAUGGGAGCACCGAUGAUGCCAGCUAUGAUGGGGAGACCACCCAUUAUGAGUGCUCCUGUUGCUGGAAUGCGUGGAGCAAUGCCACCUUUCGGAUUCCCCGCAGCGGGGACGUAUUCGAGGCGCACAGCUAUUGACUUUGGCUCACGUCGCCCUUGGCUAGAAAAGACCAAUCAGGCUCAAAUCACUUUAAUUUUUGCAGUACCUACAGCUGUUGUGGAUCAAGAUGUAAUCCGUGAGAUUUUCACCCAAAUUUCCAAUCGAUCAUCAAAGCGAAGUGAUUUUCUAUUCAACGUGUUCGAUGCAUUUUCGAUUCAUCGAUUCGAAUUUGAUGCUGAUUGCCGCAAGAUGUUACCUGUAUUGAAGAGUAGCAGGGUCGUUUCUGAUGUAGACAAAGCUACGCUAGCGCUGAGACACCGCUUUCAACUGGUGUCGCAGCGAGUAGGGCGAUGUCGGCAACUGCAAAGUAUCAGAUUCAGCACAGUGGAAGCCCUGCUGAGUAGCUCACAUAGGCAAAGUGAUGUGGUUGUUGUUGGAAUGCUUACACAACAGAAGAGUCACUGCUUCCACAUAGAAGAUCUGACUGGUUCCGUGCAAGCAAAAUUUGAUGAAGAUACCAAAUUUCAGCUGGGCAUUUUUACAGAAGGAAGCGUUGCCAUUUUUCAGGGCACCUACGAAGCUUCUUUGUUCGAUGUUCGAGAAGUUGCAUCCGUACCUAUAGAAAGUGCUAUAGAUACGCGCAGUACUUUUGGAAACGUAAAUUGGUUCGGGGGCGAUGAUGCGAUAGCAUUCCGAUGUAACCCAAAACUCUGCGUUGCCGAACGUAGUGAUCCAAAUGCGCAGAUCGUUCUUCUUUCGGAUGUUCACUUAGACGAUUUCAAAGUUAUGAAGGCUGUGUAUCAUAUGCUAAGCGGAUUUUCUAACGAUCCCCCGCUUGCCUUCAUAUUCUGUGGGAACUUUUGUUCGAAACCAAGGCAAAGGGACACCAUGGAUAUUCUUCACAAAGGUUUUCAGAGGCUCGCAAAUCAACUGAAUGAUUUUGCUGACUCAUUCUCGUCGACUCAUUUUGUAUUUGUGCCUGGUCCCGAUGAUCCAAGUUUCAAUAUGGUUCUCCCUCGGCCGCAUCUUCCUGGAGUGUUGUUCAAAUAUCUUGAACAAAUUCCUAAUUGUUUGUUUGUCACCAAUCCGGUUCGGAUGCAAUACGCCAGUCAGGAAAUAGUUGUUUUACGAAAUGAUUUGGUUGAGAAGAUGUGCAGGCACGCUGUGAACACUGUUUCUGCGCAAAAUAUCUCCAAAAGUUUUGCAAGAACUAUUUUAAGUCAGGCUCAUCUUUCACCUUUGCCGGCUCAUGUAGCCCCCGUUUUAUGGGAGUUCGAUCAUGUAAUGACUGUCCACCCUAUACCAGAUCUUUUAGUUGUCGCUGAUCAGUUCAAUUCCUUUGCGGAGACACUAGCAGACACUGUUGUUUGCAACCCGGGAUCGUUUUCGAAGAAUUCUUUUGGGUUCCAUGUGUAUUUCCCAUUUGAGAGGAAGAUUGAGGAUAGUACUAUCAACUUGAUUGAACGAUAGUUUACAACAAUCCUAGCCAAACUCCUCCGGUUAGUUUUCCGGGAAGCUUCUCGAGUUCUUCAAGGCAUGAAACUGAUCUGUAUGUAAUUUUCUGUAUUUUCUUCCUUUUGAAAAAGUCCUGCGAUUGCCGUUGUUUGUUGGGUUUCAAUACUCAUGAACUUUUUUUUUCACCGUGUUAUGGUCUUGAUUUUCUAUUUUGUAUUGUACUGUGAAUGCAGAUUUUUGCUCAUUUUGUUGACUUUUUUCACCUCAAUAAAGACUGCAUCUUGCCUGCCAUACCUACUCAGCUCUCAAGUGAAUGCACAUUUUGCUCAUUUUGUCGACUUCUUCAAUCUCAAUAAAAGC